AUGACCAAGACAGCAUCCAGUUCGGACGCAUCGUAUCGACAGAGCUUACAACAGUCGCUGUAUGCCGCUCGCAUCCUCGCAGGUUCUCUCGAUGAUGAGCUGGGCAUUCAAAAGAGCACAAAGAGCACCAGGCUUGGAGCCCAACAUCAGCUCGAAAAUCAAGCAGCACUGAACGCAACGCUGUCCGAUCGCCUUGGCCAUGCUGUUGCUGCCUGUAUCCAGCUCUCGUCUUUCCAGCCUGCCUCGGACCCACAAACAGCAACAGGCGAUCUGGCUCUGCAGCUCUUGUCGCUCAUUCACGCAAAUCUAAUCGAAAAGAAAAAAGAUGCCGACUCCAGAGUCGUCAUACAGGAUGAGCGACCGCCAGCCUUCAAACGCCAAGGUGUACAGCCAAAGGAAGAUAUCGGGCUGGGUAUCAAGGACGUUAAGCUCGUCACUACGUUGCAGUCUCUUGCUGCCAAGUGGGCUCUUUCGACGCGAAUCAACGCUUACGACAAGUCUCUCUUCUCUCUGGCUCCGAAAGCUUUCUCUCAGGCACAAGACAAGCAGAGCGCUACUAAGCUCACUCAACACAAUCGUUUUCAAGAAAUCGACCAAGACGCCGAGUUGCAGGAACGAGCCAAGGCAAGAGCACAGUUCAACGCGGCGCGGGUAGACCUAUUCGGCGUGGUAGAGAGAUGGAUGUCUCUCUUGGCGACUGGAUCCGCUUCUGCUACAACAGAUGUGGUCACCAUCAUGUUGCGCGUCGGAAUCGUCGACUACCUUUCCUCCCUUCUUCGCCUCGGCUUUGGUCCUAGCACGUUAUCUGAACCAACAGCCAUCUCACAAUCAGGCGCAACGCCGACCAAGGAUACUAUUCAGAAGCACACGGCCACGGCUACCACACAACUCCUCAGAUUCCUCUCAACUCAUUCUGCCAUGUCCGCCCUUUCUACAGUGAUUGCACACGCUGACUCCAAGCUUGGUGCACCUUCGUUUGUCAGAGCCAUGUCUUCUCGCCUCCUCAGCGCGCAGCUUCUGCGACCAGAUGGAGUUCGCUCGCUCUUCAUCAUCACUUUUGGCGGGGCUGAUAUCGCCGACUCGGCGGCUCAACUUGAACGACGAGGCGAAGAGACGGGUACUGCUGCGCCGGGUACCAACUCGCUCAAGAGAUUCGAACAGUGUGCAAAACUGCUUCUGACUCCACCCCAAGGUAUGCCCAUCGAGGACUACCUUCCGAUCAUCCUACCCAACUUGCUCGACAUCCUCGCGCCCAACCUCAGUGCAUCUUCGGCCAUCACUCCACCGCCACAAGAACAGAUGCGAGCUGCGGGCUUUGUUCUGACUCGCAUCUCGGAACGAUACCCCAAACUGUUCUUGGAUGCCAUGCAUGCUCGGGUCUAUUCCAAAUUCAACCCUUCGGCAGAAACUGCUGCCCCAGCACACACCUCUGACACAGACGCAAACACAGCAUCGGACUCGAUAGUUGCAGUGUCGCCGCAAGAUCUCGACCACGCCAUUUCGACCCUGUCAAGCUUUCUGCUGUUUUCAGAGCCAUCCCCGACCUUCUUUACAACCCUGUUCGAGCCGAUCCUGCCGCAGCUCUUGACGUUGUACGACUACCUUCACGUGCCACAACAGACCGCUGGUAAGGCCAAAGUCAGAUCACUCGAAUCAGCCAGUCACACCGACAGGCUCAAGGCUGAAGUGUCCAACUUUCUAAAAACGUGGGUCCGACUCGUUGACGCACAGCAUGGCGCUGCAUCAUUGUUGGGCUCCAUCCAGGCCGCCGAGAAGGGCAUCGGCAGUGAGCAGCCUGCCUCUGACCAUGAGCAAGGCUUCUUCUGGAGCAACGAGACUGACGGUUUCUCGAUCCGCUAUGGCCAAGACCUCAGCCACAAUCAACAGGACAUUUCGACGCUGCUCCAAGAUCUCAGCCUGUCAGCAUUCGCCAAGCAGGUCAGCACGGGCAACGACAACGAAUUCGACUUGACCAAGAUUGCUCCAGAUCUUUCGGCCAAGCUGGGGCUGCAUCCUGAUCCAUGUCUGCUGGCAACGCUACUCAAAACAGCAGGUCGCAAAGAUUUGGCUCGCUAUUUGCUGCCUUGCGUGCUAAAUAUCUAUACGGUACAAAAGUCAUCUUCCAAGGCUCGGAUCGAUGGCGUCACAGACAACAGCUCGAACUCCAAGACUCGGCUGGUGCUAUUUUUGCAGUUGAUUCUGCAGCUCCUGGAGGCGUUUGGAUCCGAGUUGCUACAAGGCGACGUUCCGGCCACAUUGGCUUUUAUCGAUUUUUCCCUGUCGACCGCAACUCAACGUCAAGUGGCGACACAGCAGGCCGAGCCAACAACAGCAUCUAGGGAAUUUUCGGAUGUCGAUGACAUGCCAUUCAUCUCGGUCAAAUCCACAGUUUCCAAGCCUUCGAUACCUUCGCUGUUCAACGUUACUUCCGAUUCCAAGCAUGACUCUGCAGUUCGGGUGGGCGAAUCCGACCACACAGGCGAUACAGGAAUUGAAAGUGGAGCGCACGACGCGGUUGAAGACGAGGACGAUGAAGAACAAGAAGAGCUUGUCUCUACUGCUUUGAGUCUGCUGCUUUCCCUUCUGGAAUGCGACACGUCCCUCUCCUGUGAGACGCAACCGAUGCUUCUCGUCAUCGCAGACAAGCUCGAGCCACUCCUCGACAGCUCCUCGGCUGAACUGCGUGGCUUAGCGAAAGAAGCAAAGCUUGUCCUUCUGGCACGUCGCAAUGCCAUCCGUGGUACGGAACCCAUACGCAACAAAGACUCGAUAAGCACCGCACACACAUCUGCCAAAGCUCUAGCCUACGCACGAGCACAAGAAACAUACCAAGAAGCGCUCAAGCUUCUGCAAGAUCCGAUUUUGCCCGUUCGAGCACACGGACUAGUGCUAUUGCGUCGUCUCGUCUCUGACGACUCCAAGAAUGGAGGACAGCAUGUGGAGCGUGUGGAUCCCGCGCUCGUACCGGCUAUCCUGGAUAUCUUUUUGCAUGCAGUGCAGGAUGAAGAGUCGUACCUAUACCUGAACGCUGUCCAAGGCCUGGCGGCGCUAGCAUCUAGUGGCGGUGGACAGACCAUCUCGCGCUUGGUCGGGAUCUAUGUCGGACGAGACGACGGCUUGGCUUGGCAAGCAUGGACGAGUGGUGAGGUGGAGAAGCGACUGCGCGUGGGCGAAGCGUUGCUCCAAGUGAUACAGCGGUGUGGAGAUGCGAUGGUUGCGCAUGUCGACGGUGUCGUACCGGUCUUGUUGGCAAGACUGAGGGAUAGAGCGUUGCCGAAUGUGCUGCGCUCUUCGUUUGUCUCGAUUUUGGGGACUUUGAUAGAAGCGCUUCCAACGGCGAUGGUGAGCAAAGGGUAUGCGCGCCAGCUGGCACAAGUGUGUAUCGAUAUCGUGGUCAUCGAGAUGGUCCAGCGACCGCAGCCACCUUGGAAACGACGUGGACAGCUCAGCGUCCACGGCAAGCGAGUCACGGAUGUCGACGAGCAGGAAACGGACAAGGCGGCUCAAGAGCAGCACAAGCUCGACAGCGCUACGAACAGCGAUCCCAAGAUCGCGCACUUGCGUCGCGCAGCUGUGCUGCUUCUGACGCUGCUGGUACGGGGCACGCGGAUGCAGCUCGAGAAUCGACGCGACCCAGCGAAUCCCGUAGAGAGUCUUUCGGCUUUGCGUCUGCCAGGUGGUGGUGUGCUGCCUUCGAUCGACCAUGCCACCACCCCAAGCGCUAGCGUCGGCUUGACCAACAACCAGCUCUUGUUUCCAUCGCAAUUCUUGGCAAAACUCAAGCACGUUGCAGCUUACGUUCAAGCUGCCGACACCGACGCUGUCGUCUGCACCCAUGCUCGCGACUGUCUCGAGCAACUCGAGGCGCUCGAGUUGGAUCUUGUCCAGUCCGCCACCUCACUCUCCCGCUGA